AUGGCGCCCAAGAAGCGGACCCUCGAGGUGCCGACGGUCACUCCAGAGGAGCUCGAGAAGGCGAAGGCACUGCUGAGGGACGCCGACGAGUCGCAGGGGCAGAAGCGCAAGUACGACGGGUGGCCCGUUGCCAAACGCAGGGAGUUCUUCCAGGCUUUCUUCGCGGAUAAGCUCGCGAAGGGAGGUACUUCGAAGACCACCAAGUCGAGCAUCCUGAGUACGAAGAACAAGAACACGACUGUGUGGUGGAGCCUUUCGAAGAUGAUCGCAGAGUUCGGCGAGCAGAAGGCCAAGGAGAAGGCCGAGUUGUUCGACAAGGAUGAGAAGAUGCAUCGCCCCGACAAGGAUACAGGCAAGGACGGGCAAUGGAGCAGGGAGUACCGCAUCGUCCUGGACAGCCACGAAGAGGGCGACGAGGAGCUAGACAUUCAGGAGGUCAACGCCGAGGAGAGCCUCGACACCGUGGAGACGCAGAAGGAGGCGGUGGACACCCUCAGGGACAUGCAGUCGUGCAAUGGCGCGGGCUCGUCGGCUUCUGGCACUGACGCCCCGCUGGCGAAAGUGAAGGAGGAGCCCGCGGAGAAGCCUGAAGCGAAGCCCGAGGAGAGCGCAACCUUCAAGGCCCUGCAGACCGAGGGGAGGAAGGUCGUGUGGAACGUCGGGAAGGCGCUGACCCAGGCAAAGCAUAUGUUCCUGGCGACCAAGGGCGGGAAGUUUGUCGGCGAGCUCAACAAGGAGAUCGGCCUGAACGUCAAGCAGCUCACGGAGGUCUUCAAGCUGGCCGAGGACAGCGUGUUGGAGGAUAGAGAGAAAGCAGAACUCUUGGCGGUGAGCGUGAAGAUCGACGAAGCCUUCGAUGCACUGAACGAGAACGUCGAGUGGUUCAACAAGUUUUUUGCAAAGGAGGGCCAGCAGAGGAAGGCUCACUGGAAGCUCGGAGGAGUGCUGGCCCCCCGACGUGCGUGGCAUUGGGGCAAGAUGUGGACGUCGGCUGCGCCAGAGGGCACUCACUGGGCACUUGGCGCUGGGCAUCGCAAGUUUGGCGGCAGCGACAGCCGCUAG